UGCGACGCCGAGUUUCACUCUAGCUGUCUCCUCAGAGUCGGAUCCUUAACUGGAGUGCUGCCCAGGUGAAGCCGGAGUCCCAGCGCGAGCGCCAGCGUUCCCCUCAACCUGUCCUCCUCUCCCGCCUCAGCUUUGAUGGGAACUCAAACAAGUUAUUCCUGCUAACGAUCUGGUGUCUCCAUCAAGAAGGGAGUUUGUGCCAGCUCUCCUUAGAGAAAAGGUCUGCGGGAGACGCUGGGCAAUGAACCUCAGGCUCCAGCCCAGAGUGGUCUGAAGCUGUGUGGGAAAGCAGAGGGAGUCUUGGAGAAAGAUGGCCAUGGCCCCAAGCCCUUCCCUGGCUCAGGUGUACACCAGCCCCAUGGCAGUGGCUGUGUGGGAAUGGCAGGACGAGCUGAGUACCUGGCACCCCUAUAGCGCCACUGUCUGUAGCUACAUUGAGCAGCAGUUUGUCCAGCAGAAGGGGCAGCGCUUCGGGCUGGGGAGCUUGGCCCACAGCAUUCCCUUAGGCCAGGCUGACCCCUCACUGGCCCCUUAUAUCAUCGACCUCCCCAGCUGGACGCAGUUUCGCCAAGACACUGGCACCAUGCGGGCCGUGCGGAGGCAUCUGUUUCCCCAGCAUUCAGCUGCGGGCCGCGGUAUUGUCUGGGAGUGGCUGAGUGACGAUGGCUCCUGGAUAGCCUAUGAAGCCAGCGUCUGUGACUAUGUGGAGCAGCAGGUGGCCAGGGGCAACCAGCUCGUGGACUUGGCUCCCCUGGGGUACAACUACACUGUCAACUCUGCCACCCACACGCAGACCAACAAGACUUCGAGCUUCUGCCGUAGCGUGCGGCGCCAAGCAGGGCUCCCAUACCCGGUGACCACCGUCAUUGCCCCACUGGGCCACACGGGAGUCUGCUCUUGCCACCAGUGCCUCAGUGGCAGCGGAACUGGCCCUGUGUCAGGCCGCUAUCGCCACUCCAUGACCAACCUCCCCUCAUACCCUGUCUCUCAGACCCCCCACAGGACCACCAUUGUCUUUGGAGCCCAUCAGGCCUUUGCCCCCUACAGCAAGCCCUCACUGUCUGGGGCUAGGUCUGCACCCAGGCUGAACACUACCAACCCCUGGAGUGGGGCACCUUCCACUCUGGGGAACCAACCCCUCUACCGCUCCAGCCUCUCUCACCUACAGCACCUGCCCCCAGGAUCUUCCACUUCCAGUGGAGCCAGUGCCUCCCUUCCCAGCGGUCCCGCCAGCAGCCCUGGGAGCGUCCCCGCCAGUGUGCCCGUGCAGAUGCCAAAGCCCAGCAGGAUCCAGCAGGCCCUUGCAGGCAUGACGAGUAUUCUGAUGUCAGCCAUUGGACUCCCUGUGUGUCUUAGCCGCGAGCCUCAGCCCGCCAGCCCUCCCGCCUCCUGUCUGGCCUCUAAAAGUCACAGCUCAGUUAAGAGAUUGAGGAAAAUGUCAAUGAAAGGAGGGGCUCCAAAGCCAGAGCCAGAGCAGGUGGUAAAAAGCUACACCGAAGAGCUGAAAGCUCCCCCAGAUGAGGACUGCAUCAUCUGUAUGGAGAAACUGUCUGCCGUGUCUGGGUACAGCGAUGUGACUGACAGCAAAACCAUUGGGCCUGUGGCUGUGGGCCGCCUCGACAAGUGCAGCCAUGCCUUCCACCUGCUCUGCCUGCUGGCCAUGUACUGCAAUGGGAACAAGGACGGAAGCUUGCAAUGUCCUUCCUGCAAAACCAUCUAUGGAGAGAAAACUGGGACCCAACCCCGGGGGAAGAUGGAGGUGUUCAAGUUCCAGGCAUCCCUCCCUGGCCAUGAGGACUGCGGGACGAUCCUUAUAGUUUACAACAUUCCUCACGGCAUCCAGGGCCCUGAACAUCCCAACCCUGGAAAGCCAUUCACCGCCAGAGGGUUUCCCCGCCACUGCUACCUUCCGGACAAUGCACUGGGCCGUAAGGUUCUGGAGCUCCUGAAGGUGGCCUGGAAGAGGCGACUUAUCUUCACAGUAGGGACGUCCAGUACCACAGGCGAGACUGACACAGUAGUAUGGAAUGAGAUCCACCACAAGACAGAGAUGGACCGCAAUGUGACAGGCCACGGCUACCCCGACCCUAACUACCUGCAGAACGUGCUGGCUGAGCUGGCUGCCCAGGGGGUGACUGAGGACUGCCUGGAGCAGCAGUGACCCACCAGCCUGGCCGGCCCCACCCCACCCCGCCAUGCCUCCUCUGGCAGCUGCCCAUUCCCCCACUGUUGGCUGGGUUGGGCAGGCAGGAAGGUGCCUUUCCCAAGAGGCUAGAAUGUUUGCUCAGGCACUGGGUGUGCUCCCCUGAUGCCAGGCUACACCUACCUGCCUGUCUCCCUUCUUCUUCCCCCUGGGCAUGUGGGGAAUUAGGCAACCCUGGGGAGUUGUACUUGAAGGGGAGGUGUAAGAUGCAGCUACCUCAGUGCAUGGGGCCGCUCUGUCAUCUGGAGGGCUGCUUUGGGCCCACAGUGCCCAGGCCUGGUGCAGGGUGAGUGGAGAUUGCCCCAUCCCUAGCGAGGGGUGGGCAUAGGUUCUGGGUCAGCUUCUCAUACCUCAUAUUUUCUGUUCGCAAUAAAUGCCCAGUAGCCAAAGUCAGCAGGCCCUCUUGUGUUUGUCAGUGGGAAGACUGUGUGUGUGUGUAUGAUUGGACCCCAUGUGAGGAGGCCAGCACACAGCUGUCCCACAGUGCUCACUGCAGACAGAACAUCAAGAGCAGGAAGAGUACCCCCAGGCUGCUUGUUCAACCCCCAUUUGAUAAAUGAAGCUGAGGUCAGAGUGAGGGGCAGCCCCUGGCACUGACCUAUACUGCUGCUGCAGUUCCUCCUAUUGUCUGAUUCUCCUUCCAGGGUUCAGGGCAACAACUCUGCCACAUCCUACCAUUCCAGAACGCCCCCCAUGCUUACUCCCCAGGGUUCUGGUUUACAGAAUGCUGUUCGCACAGGGCAGGUGCUGCUGUCUCUGUUUUACAGGUGAGGAAAAUGAGGUUGAAGGGCACAGUGGUUGAUUCCAGGUCAUAGACUAGUCACGUGGUAGGCCUGGGGCUGGAAGAUAGAUCCUGGCUCCAUCCUCAAAGUUCUUAUUCUGCUGGACCCUCUUAAAAGGAGGACCAGUCACUAAUAUUCCCAGUCACCAACAGUGCAGGGCUGAGACCUGGCUCUGCCUGAGAAGAAGGGUUCAGACCUGGGGCUGGAUGGACAAACAGGGCCACAUUAUGACUGUUAUGGGCCAGAGGUACUUUUGCCUUGGGGAGCCCUCUUAUCCCUUAAAAAAAAAAAAUCUGUUUUAUAACAUGUUGGUAUAAAGAUGAAUGUAUUAAUUUUAUAUAACAUUAUAAUAUUAGGGGGAACAUUUUCGUGGGCCGUAGGCAUUGUGGCCUAGUGGGUAAGUUGGUCCUGUGGUAAAGGGCAGGGUAGGUCUUGGUAGAGAACCCCAGCACCUCAGCUCAGCCUUACCCCAAACCUGUUUCCAAAUUUGAGACCCACUGCUGCUCAGAGCACGGGGGUGGAGGACUCGAAGGCUGGGACCCAUUAAAAUAUAGUGAAAAUUUGGAUGGGAGAAAAGAUUUGCAAGUUGUAUAUCUCAUAAAGGUCUGAAACACAUAACCUGUAACCCAUUGCCGUCAAGUAAAUUCUAACUUGACGACGCUAUAGGACAGACUAGAUCUGCCCCAUAGGGUUUCCGAGGAGCGGCUGGUGGAUUCGAACUGCCCGCCUUUGGAUUAGCAGCCAUAGCUCUUAACCCCUGUGCCACCAGGUCUCUAGUAUCCAGAAUAUACAAAAAACUCUUGGAAUUCAGGCAAGACACCUGAUUAAAAAAUAGGGGAAAACAUGGGCAAAGGAUCUGAAUAGACAUUUCUCCAAAGAAGAUAUGCAAAUGACCAAGAAGCACAUGAAAAAAUGCUCAACAACAUUAAUCAUUAGGGAAAUGCAGAUCAAAACCGCAACAAGAUAAGAUACCCCCUCAUACCCACUAGGAUGGUGUGGAUUGAAUUGUGUCCCCCCAAAAUAUGUGUCAACUUGGCUAGGGCAUGAUUCCCAGUAGUGUGUGAUUGUCCACCGUUUUGUCAUCUGAUGUGAUUUUCCUAUGUGUUACAAACCCUACCUCUUCAUGAUGUUAAUGAGGCAGGACUCAAUCUACAACAUUGGGUUUUACUUAAGUGGAUCUCUUGAGAUAUAAAAGAAGUGUGCAGAGAGACAUCAUGGGGACCUCAUAGCACCAAGAAACAAGAACCAGGAGAAUGGUGCAUCCUUUUAGGCCCAGGGUCCCUGCGCUGAGAAGCUCCUCAUCUGGGGAAGAUUGAUGACAAGGACCUUUCCCCAGAGCUGACAGAGAAAGCCUUCCCCUGGAGCUGGCACCUUGAAUUUGGAUUACUAGCCUCCAAGACCGUGAGAGAAUAAAUUUCUCUUUGUUAAAGCCGUCCACUUGUGGUAUUUCUGUGACAGCCGUAUUAGACAACUAAGGCAGAUGGCUAUAAUAAAAAAGAUGGACAAUAAAAUGUGUCGGUGAGUAUGUGGAGAAAUGGAACCCACAUACACUACUGGUGGAAAUACAAAAUGCAGCGACUUUGGGAACCAGUUUGGCAGUUCCUCAAAAAGUGGAGUUACCAUAAAAAAAAAUUUUUAAAAGCCGUUGCUGGUCAAGUCGAUUCUGACUCAUAGUGACCCUGUAGGACAGAGUAGAAUUGCCCCAUAAGGUUUCCAAGGAGCAGCUGGCGGAUCGAAACUGCUGACCUUUUGAGUAACAGCUGAGCUCUUAACCACUGCACCAGCUGGGCUCCAAGAAUUACCAUAUGACCCAGCAAUUCCGCUCCUCGGUGUAGACCUGAGAGAACUUAAAAUACGCCUACACAAAAGCCACGUGAAUAUUCCUAGCAGCGUUAUUCAUAAUAGCCAAAAAGUGGCUGACGACGACUAAACGCGUUGAAUGAACGUAUCCAUCGACUGAGGAGUGAACAAAAUGUGGUCUAUCUGUACAAUGGAGUGCUAGUCAGCCAUAAAAAGGAAUGAAGUUCUGAUAUGUGCUACGACAUGGAUGAACCUUGAAAACAAUGCUGAGUGAAAGAAGCCAGGCACACAAGGCCACAGAUUAUGGGAUUCCAUGUACGUGAAAUGCCCGGAAGAGGCAAAUCCAUAGAGACAGGAAGUAGGUUAGAGAGUGAGUAUCGGGUUUCUGCGGGUGAUGAAAAUGUUUGGGAAUUUUAUAGUAAUGACAAUUGCAUAACCUUGUCAUACACUAAUAACCACUGGUUUGCUCACUUUAAAAGGGUAUUUUAUGAUACGUGAAUUCUAUCUCAAUAAAAUACAUACAUAGAACCAAAAGGAGUAACGUAAGUGGCCACCUGUUAGCUGUUGAGGACUCCACCAACGUUUCUCUGAGUCCAGCUUUGGACAAAGGAGCUGAGGCUGGCCAAGAAGGAGUGGUAUGGCCUCUGAUGGGGCUGGAGCUGGGCAGAUUGGGGUGCUCCCUGCUCCCUACCCCCUCCGCACACCCUGCUCCCUGCUCCCCACUUCCUGGGUGGGGAUAGGAGGCCUGAGGGAGGCUCCUGGCACCUGGGGCACAGGAAUCUGAGGCACGCAGCCCAGAGCAAUGUUGCCAGAGGCUGGCCCCCCCUCCCCAGGACUGGGAGGCCUGGUGGGGUCCAGGUCCACAUAUUUACUCUGGGGUGCUGGGGUGGCUGGGCUGGCAUCUGGAUAUCCAGUGGCCCUUCUCCCUCAGCCUGGGCGGUGGGGCCUGGCACUGGCUUGCCCCACAUGAGAGUGCUGGCCACGCCUGCUACCCGUGGUGGGCGGGCUGGUUGGGGGCGGGCAUUUGCAGUUACAAGUCUUUCCAGCCCUGGGGCCAACCUGGCAGCCUGACUAGCUCUUCUGGGAUGGGAGUGGGUAGCCCCUGAGAAUCACUGCGCAGCCCCUCCCAGGCUGUGGAUGUGCAAGAAGGCCAGGCGGUGGCUGGCCAGCACGGGGCUCCCCUAGACGCAGCCUCACUUAUGGCUGCUGAUCCUGGUGCUGAGCUGGCUCAGGGCCACCGGGAGCCUGGGUGAGUAGGGUCCUGGGAUGGGUGGGCCUGCUGGAGUGUUCAGACCCUGGGAGCCCAUCCCUCAAUUGGGAGAGGCAGCUCCCAGAGGCAGUGGUCCUUCACUCUUAUCUCUGUGGCCACCAGUACUCAACCUUGUCCCCCAUGGCCACAGAGCUGAUCCCCUCCACGCCACAGAUAACGGCCUGGGAGGGAAGGUCACAGCCACCACGUUCUCCCUGGAGCAGCCGCGCUGCGUGCUCGACGGACAUGCCAGGGCUACAGACACCGUCU